AAUUGUCUGGAAGAAAUGUAGACUAUGCUGUCUUUACUACCCCGCAGAGACCUUGGGCCGUGACGUCGCGAUUACCCAAACUUUCGGAAAGUUCUUCAGGAGAAAAACAACCACGGAAUGUUCGAACUCUUGCCUUUUUAUUCCGCAACUUGUCGUCGAAAUGAGAAUAUAUUUAUCACGCUGUACAGAAUCUUUAGGAGUGCUCUUGUUAAUCUUUGCAAUAGUCUUUGUGAAUAGCUGCGACUGUGUGAUUGAAGACGAUGUUGUGUUGGAGAAAAAAGAACUUUCCGAACUCUACAAAAAGGGUCUGUUCAUCAUGGAGAGUACCCAGCUGAAGCGCUGCAUCUCCUCCUCCUCCUCUAACCUGGUUCUGGAAAGCUGUGAGAGACCCACCCGCCGUAUGCUGUGGAAGUGGGUGUCUCGCCACCGCCUCUUCAAUCUGGGUAGCAGCCUCUGUCUGGGCCUGAACAUCAGCGACGCCACCCAGCCCCUGGGCACCUUCGAGUGUGACUCACCCCUCCAGACCCUGUGGUGGAGGUGCAAUGGGAAUACGUUGUACGGGGCGUCCCAGCUGAAGCUGUCCGUGGCUGGACGCCUGGUGGUGGUCAAGAGGGCCAGUUAUCAUCAGUGGAGGAGGUACUCUACACCAGGGGAGGGGCCAUGUGCCUAUCCUUAUGAGGAGAUCCACACACUGUUGGGUAAUGCCCACGGCAUGCCUUGUGCCCUGCCAUUCAAAUACAACAACAAGUGGUACUCGGAGUGCACAGCAGAGGGGCGCGAGGACCACCAUCGCUGGUGUGCCACCACCAGUCGAUACGACCAGGAUGAGAAAUGGGGCUUCUGUCCCAGUCAAGAGUUGAGUUGCGAUACGUUCUGGGACUCGAACCAGGAGAGCCGUGCGUGUUACCAGUUCAACCUCUACACCAUCCUAACGUGGAGCCAGGCCCACUCCUCCUGCCUGGCCCAGGGAGGAAGUCUACUCAGCAUCACUGACCUCACUGAACAGAGGUACAUCAGAGAGCGGUUGGCUGACGUGGGGGUGAUGGUGUGGAUUGGACUGAACCACCUGAGUGAGAGAACAGGGUGGCAGUGGUCUGAUGGAGCUCCUCUAGCCCUGGUCAACUUCACCUCAGGCCUAUCAUCCAGCCCUCUGCAGGACAACAGGCAGUGUGGGGUGUAUAACUCAGCCUCGGGGGGGCACCAGUGGCAGAGUCUGUCCUGUGAGUCUGCUUUACCCUACAUCUGUAAGAAGACCCCCAAUGACACCAGGAGAGCUGAGCCUCUAGAUAACUGGCAGUACUACCGCACGGUGUGUUCCGAGGGCUGGCUGGCCCACAACCGUUACUGCUACAAGGCCCUGGCAGAGGCUGAGGCAGGGAGCUGGAAGGACUGCUCCACUGCCUGUGACUCCGUAGGGGCCAACCUCACCAGCCUACACUCUCUAUCUGAGGUAGAGCUGCUACUGGACCUGCUAGCUAACGUCUCAUUGUCUGGCUCAGAGGUGUGGAUCGGCCUGAUAAAGAAGCUAUCGUCUUCAGUUGUAGAGUGGUCAGACGGCUCCCCGGUCGACCUCACUCUCUGGCACAAGCACCAGCCUACCCAUAGUAACAGUCAGCUCUGUGCCAAGACUGACAUAAAGGAGGGGAACUGGCUGUUGGCACCAUGCGAUGAGAAGCUCCCUGCAGUGUGUAGGAGACCUGGCCUUCUGCCCCUACACCCCACUGGAGCAUGGGACGAGAGCUGUCCUGAGGGUUGGAAGCGGAAGGGCCACUCUUGCUACAUGGUGACGAGCCACGAGCAGAGCUAUGAAGACGCUGUCAAGGGUUACUACUGCAAGGCUCCUCUGGUCACAGUGGAAAACAGGUUUGAGCAGGCCUUUCUGAACAGCCUGGUGAGUGAGAUGGGAGCCAAUGGUAGUAUAUAUUACUGGACGGCCCUACAGGACCAGGGUAACCAUGGAGAGUACAGCUGGCUGGGAGGACACAACGGAUCCACCCUACCGCUGCUGUAUACCAACUGGAACAGGCAUCAGCCAGUCAGUGCAGGUGGCUGUGUGGCUAUGACAGGUGGCCAGGCCUUGGGUCACUGGGAAGUGAAGGACUGCAAAUCCCAGAAGGCGUUGUCAGUGUGUAAACAGAGCAUCAGUGGUUACCAGGAGGUCCUGUUGCCUGCAAUCCAUAUUGACGCUUAUGCCCCCUGUCCUCCGGGCUGGGAAUCACACACCGGCCUGCUCCACUGUUACAAGGCGUUCCACAGUGAGAAGGUCCUGAUGAAGAGGUCGUGGGAAGACGCUGACUUCUUCUGCCAGGCUCUAGGAGCUCAGCUGGCCAGCUUCCACCACUACGAGGAGCAGGUCUUCGUCAAAGGACUCCUCCACUCCAUGUUUGAUGGAACAGAGGGUCGUUGGUUCUGGGUGGGCUUGAAUAAGAGAGACCCCCAGUCAGCAGGAGCUUGGGGGUGGUCUGACGGGACCCCUGUGGUGUCCUCCUUCAUCGAGGAUAAGAACCAGGAGGAUGACAGACAUAACUGUGCUGUGUACAGUGACCUGACCAACGCCCUCCUGCCACAGCCCUGUGACACCAAGCACGAGUGGAUCUGCAAGGUUCCCAGAGGUAUGGAGCUGAACAAACCCUACUGGUAUAAUAACCAGAAUGAGCCCUGGGUGUUCUACAGAGCAGCAGAGUAUCUGUUGGCCAAGCAGCCUUUUCCCUGGGAGGAUGUAAACCUGGCCUGUAUGAUGAUGGGAGGCCACCUGCUGUCUGUCCACUCUAAAGAGGAGCUCCGAUUCAUCAGAGAGCGCAUGGGGAGGCUCUCUCUGGGGUCAACUGACUGGUGGAUAGGGCUGUCCACAGACCUGGUGAGGGAAGAGUUCAGUUGGAGUGAUGAGUCCCCUGUGGAUUAUCAGAAUUGGGCAGAAGGAAGCUCCCAUGAUGCCCCAGUGAAACAGAAACAGUGUGUGACAAUGUCCUCUCUUUCAGGUCAGUGGUCGGCGGGUGAGUGUGGCGGUCUCCACGCUCACGUAUGUAAGCGCCGGACCGUGUCCGUGGUGGAGAUUCCCAGAGAGCCUCACUACAUCGGAGGCUGUCCAGAGAGAUGGCUCUACUUCGGACACAAGUGUCUCCUGCUGCACCUCCCCAACAGUUCUGAGGAGGGGAAAAGCUGGAGAGACGCCCAGUCUAUCUGCUCCUCUUUCCAAGGCACGCUGGUCGCCAUCGAAGACGAGAUCGAGCAAGCGUACAUCACCAUGCUGCUCCAGGGCGGGACAGUGGGCAUUUGGAUUGGUCUACGGGAUGAGGACACCAUGAAAUGGACCAAUGGGAAACCUGUCAGCUACACCAACUGGUCCCCUGUAGAACCCAAGAACCCUCUGACGGAUGAGUGGCUGAGCGGGCCCCUGGGCGGGGACGAUCCUCUGUGCACGGUGCUCUCCAACAACCACAACUUCCACCUGACAGGGAAGUGGUUCGAUGAAAAGUGCACAGAGAGUGGGUAUGGCUUUGUCUGUCAGAGACCCCAAGACGCAACUAAACCCCCAUCCCACUCCUACCUCCACCCUCUCCCUGACAAUAUUGAGUAUAAGAACCGCAGCUACAGGGUUGUCCGUGGCAACAUGAGCUGGUACGAGGCGCUGCAUAUGUGCUUAGAGUCUGAGUCUGAGCUAGUGAGCGUUACCGACCCCUUCCACCAGGCGUUCCUUACUGUCCUUGUCAAUAGAUUGGCAUUCCCCCACUGGAUUGGACUGUAUAGUCAAGACGAUGGGAUCAACUACCAGUGGUCUGAUGGCAGUGACACGGUCUUCACCCACUGGGACGCGGCCGAUGAUGAUGAUUUCAUCCUGGGGGACUGUGUGUACAUGGACGUCACCGGGGGCUGGAGGAGGGCCGACUGUGAGAUGCCGCUCCAGGGAGCCCUGUGUCAUGUCCCACCACCUAAGAGUAAUGCAUUCACCACCUAUGAGGUUGUGUGUCCAUCGACGUGGGUGAGGUUUGGAGCCAGCUGCUACAGCUUUGAGCCUGUAGUCCAGAGACUGACCCUGGAUGAGGCCAGAGAGCACUGCAGACACAAAGCAAACACAUCAGAUGUCCUGACCAUAGAGACAGAGACGGAAAACAGGUUCGUCCUGGAGCAGCUGUGGUCGUAUGGCUUCCCACAUCAAAUCAUCUGGCUGGGGAUGUUCUUCAACACUGACACGGACUCCAUGGCAUGGUUUGAUGGUUCUCCUAUGGACUACUCCAACUGGAACUUCCAGGCCCCAGACCCCAGCCUGCUGACAGCAGACACCUGUGUGUCCACCAGGGUGUCUGAUGGGAUGUGGCUUCUCUGUCAGUGCACUGAGAGACUGGGCUUCGUCUGCAAAACUAACUUAGAUACGAUCCCUGAGGUAGAAGUGGAGCCACUAAAUGGGUUGCACCACGGUAUCGUCCCAGCCGCGGUCCUGGUGGCCAUGCUGAUCUUCGCCGUGCUGGUGGCGGUGCUCUGGCUUGUCUACAAGAGGAACAGGACACGCUUCCGCAGACUACCGUCCCUGGGAAACGCCUACUACAGACAUACUAGUUCCCAGGCCACAGACUCCGAUGGAAACGUUCUCAUCACAGACCUGGAAGCUCACUCAGGAGAAUAGGGUGGUGUCCGAAAUGGCACUCUAUCCCCUAUAUAGUGAGCUUCCAGAUCUGUGGUGAGAGUGUUUCCAUCGGAGUCUGGUCAAAAGUAGUGCACUAUAUAGGGAAUAAGGUGCCUUUUCAGAUGCACAAUAGGACUGCAAAAUGGUGGUGUUCUCUAAAGUUGGUUAAAGCAUGGGAAUGGGCCGAACUCUCUGUAUGACUGUGAAGAAUGGUACGUCUCUGUGGGGUCUGACAUGGACCACAGCAAGGGAACUUAGAAAAGGAGGUGAGAGCCCAAUGAGCUUUAUCCACUUUAUACCACAGGAGGCUGUUGAGGGGAGAAUGACUCAUAAUAAUGGCAGGAAUGGAGCAAAUGGAAUGGCAUCAAACACCUGG